AUGGAUUUUGUCUAUAUUGAUGAAGUUCAAGAUCUUACAAUGAGACAGAUUGCUCUUUUCAAGCACAUUUGCAGAAACGUUACUGAGGGCUUCAUUUUUUCUGGUGACACAGCACAAACCAUUGCAAGGGGCAUUGAUUUUAGGUUUGAAGACAUAAGAUCUGUGUUCUACAAUGAAUUUGUUUUAGGAUCAAAAAAACUUUCGUACCCACAAGUAUCUAAAAUUUUUCAUUUGAGCCAGAACUUUCGUACCCAUGCUGGUAUUCUCAAGUUAGCUCAAAGUGUUAUUGACCUUCUUUAUCGUUUUUUCCCUUCAUUUGUUGAUAUUUUAAGCCAUGAAACUAGUCUUAUAUUUGGUGAAGCCCCAGUUUGGCUUGAAGCGACAAAUGAUGAAAAUGCAAUUGUGACUAUAUUUGGGAGCAGUGGGAAUGAAGGGACCAAUUUUGUUGGGUUUGGAGCAGAACAAGUCAUAUUAGUGCGUGAUGAUUCGGCAAAGAAAGAAGUGUAUGACUAUGUUGGGAAACAAGCCCUUGUCUUGACUAUAAUGGAGUGCAGGGGCCUAGAGUUUCAGGAUGUACUGUUGUACAACUUUUUCGGCUCAUCACCUCUAAGAAAUAAAUGGAGAGUUGUCUAUGAGUACAUGAAGGAGCAAAAUUUACUUGAUGAGUCCUCUCCUGUUUUCAAUAUGGCAAAACACAAUGUCUUAUGCUCUGAGUUGAAGCAGUUAUAUGUUGCAAUCACUCGUACAAGACAAAGACUAUGGAUUUGUGAGAAUUUAGAAGAGUUGUCCAAACCAAUGUUUGAUUACUGGAAGAUUGUGAAGAACUUAUGA